AUGUUUGUGGCUAACUUGCCAGAAACUGUGUAUUCGAGACGAGGCGUUUUGAAGUCACCCCAAAAGAGUGGCGUAUGCUGGAAGCUCCCAAAAACUGCAAAUGCGGCCCCGGUGAAAUAUUUGGAGAGGGACCGCCGGUUUCGAAAGCCGCAAGUAGCUGUUUGUUUGGAGGCUGGUCAAAGACUUUCCCAACAGGAAAACCCUCCAAAAGAUACCUCGUCACUGUAUUUCGAUAUUGCCAUUGUAGGUGCGGGUCCCGCUGGCCUCGCACUGGCCGCAGAACUAUCGGAGCUGAAUCUCAGUUCUGAGUUGUCACCCGUCGGGAAAGUAGUGUCUAUUGUUGUUGUAGAAAAGGAUUUUUCUCGACGUUGGCUUCCAAAUUAUGGCGUAUGGGUAGACGAGGUUGAGCAUCUAGACAUUAAAGACUGUUUCGCUGCUGUUUGGCCGAAGGUCGCUGUCUACCUGCCGCAUAAAAUCAUCAAAAAAAGAGAAUAUGCCAGGAUUGACAGGCAAAAAUUGAAGCAGAAGCUGACUGCGAAGUGUCUUCGAAACGGGUCUGGCAUCGUUCUCCAAGAAGGCGAGGUAAAAGGUUCCGACUUAGAGAAAGGCAUCCUGAGACUUCGAUGCACUAGUGCAAACGGACAAUUCUCGGAGCUCGAAAUUCGAGCUCGAAGAAUAGUUGAUACAACAGGGCAUAGCACCGUCCUGGUGAAAUUUACGGAACCGCAUCAUCCAAGCUAUCAGGCAGCCUACGGAAUAGAGGCACUCGUUGAAUCGCAUCCAUUUCCGCUGGAUGAAAUGAUUCUUAUGGACUAUCGUGAGCCAUCAUCGAUUCAGAGAUUGCCCAAGGGACCGGAUUCCUCGUACUAUUCUGUACCCACAUUCUUAUACGCGAUGCCCAUGGCAUCGGAUAGAAUAUUCGUAGAGGAGACUUCUUUAACUGCCAGACCAGCCGUCCCUUUCGAAGAGCUUCGCGAUAGACUCUACAAGCGACUCAAAGAUCUCGGAAUAACUGUCAAUUGUGCGCUCGAGGAAGAAUUUUGUUUGAUUCCUAUGGGCGGUUCGUUGCCGGACUUGGACCAGCCACUACUAGGAUUUGGAGGAACGGCAGGUCUUGUUCACCCGGCAACGGGUUACAUGAUGGCUAGAACUUUGAAUCUGGCUCGACCGCUUGCACGUGCCAUUUUUCUGCGGGAAGCUCGAAAUUUGGAAACUAAUCCUUGGAAAGAAGUACUUUGGACCAGAACCAACGUAAUUCAGCGUGAUUUCUACACAUUCGGUGGCGAGGUUCUACUUGAUAUGAAUUUGAACGAAAUUCAAGAAUUUUUUGCAGCAUUCUUCAAGCUCCGCGAAGAAGCCUGGAAGAAUUUUUUGAGUUUCCGGCAACUUUCAGGGCAGGAACGCUUGGCGUUCGGAUUAGGUGUCUUUUUGAAAACAACGAACAAGGUUCGUUUCAAGCUGAUUAGGAAGGCACUGCAGAACUGGCGUCCUCUUAUAAGAAGCAUUCUUAGCUAA